AUGUCUCUUUCUUUUUUCUUUGGACGAGUUUGGAUGGGUGGAGACGAAUGCGGACAGAAUCCUACUUCGUCAACUCCGCUUCUUCUUCUUGGUAGUUUUUUUUCUACUAGUCUUCUUCACUCCCCCUCUUCAAGGAGGAGGAACGAGAAGAGAACGUGCAAAGAAAAUCAGCUGAUUUUAGGAAAAGGUCGAAUGGAAGUCGUGAGUCGAAUUUGUGUACGAUUUCAAGUUGGCAGGAAAUUGUCUGUUCGUCCUCUUCAGGAAGUGCCUGGUCCCAGAGGUUGGCCUUUGAUCGGUACAUUGUUGGAUUACAUAAACAAAGAUGGACCAUCAUUCGGAAAAAUGUUUGAGAUGAACCGUAAAAGGGCGCUACAGUACGGCCCGAUAUUUCAAGAAAAAAUUGUUACUGAACGGAUGGUUGUCAUAAGUGAUCCUGAAGAAUAUCGGAAAGUUAUCCACGCCGAUGGCCCCACUCCCACACGAUGUCCAUUGCCUCCAAUGGUGCAACACCAAAAGAAAAAUGGGCACAAUAUUGGCAUUGUUAAUUCACAAGGAAAAGAUUGGCAAAAAUACCGAUCUGUUUUUAACCGGAAGUUGUUGGUGCCUGAUGAGAUUCACAAAUAUUCCCGGGCUAUGAACACCGUUGCCACAGAUUUUGUCCAUCGAUUACAGCAGCAACACCAACUAGAAGAUGGCGAAAUCAAAGAACUCGACAAAGAACUUUUCAGAUGGGCCAUGGAAUCUAUCGGAAUAGUGCUGUUUGAAGAAAGAAUUGGUUGCCUCCGACCAGAAACGUCGAAAUUAUCCGAAGCUUUUAUUAAGAAUUUGCAAGGUUUUACAGCACAAAUGCAACUGCUACUUUACAGUAUGCCUCUCUAUCGUCUGUGGCCUACGAAACAGUGGCGCAUAUUCGAAAAUUAUGCCAAUAAUGUAACAAAUAUAGGAAGCGUAUUUAUAAAAAAUGUAAGUUUUUUUCGUAUUACAUCUAUCUAUCUAUCUAUCUAUCUAUCUAUCUAUCUAUCUAUCUCAGAGUUUGUUCAUAUCUAUCUAUCUAUCUAUCUAUCUAUCUAUCUAUCUAUCUCAGAGUUUGUUCAUAUCUAUCUAUCUAUCUAUCUCAGAGUUUGUUCAUAUCUAUCUAUCUAUCUAUCUAUCUAUCUCAGAGUUUGUUCAUAUCUAUCUAUCUAUCUAUCUAUCUAUCUCAGAGUUUGUUCAUAUCUAUCUAUCUAUCUAUCUAUCUAUCUAUCUGUCUAUCUAUCUAUCUGUUUGUCUGUCUGUCUGUAUGUCUCAUUUUUUCAUGUCUAUCUAUCUUUAUUUCGUAAACUAUAA